UCAGAUGACGUAUAGUUCCGGGUUUCUAGGUCUUGCCGAAAAGGUAACUUUCGGUCAUUUCUGGGUUGAGACACGACCGACCGGGUGUUGCGCGCCGUUGAAGGUGACUCAGUGGGAAAAGUGAACCAGAUAUUGUCAAAACUACAGUUGUAGGACUGUAGAGCUGCUGUGCACAAAGACUUUUCUCCUCCAAAUCGAGACGGCUGUACUAGCACUCCUCAAAUAUUUUUGGAAACUUCACACCAAUCAGGACUAAUCUAAUCACAACUGAGCCUCGGUUACCUUCCACACAUACUCUGCCAGAGAACAGCAUGGGUGUUCAGAUGAACUCCACUCUUCAGUCUGUCCUCCUCUUUCCAGUCCACCUUCUGAUAUGGCUCUACUCCAUCCUCUCCUUCCUCCCUUGGUACUACAUCACUGGAGCUAGCCAGAGAAAAUCUCUGUCCAAGCGAAUUAAGGCCCGUUCCACUUCAGGCUGUCCAGAGGGACCCUACCGCUCAGUUGACCACUUUGAUGCCCUGGCCACGGAAGACUUCCCAGGCAAAGACACCCUGGAUAAGCUGUUCAAGCAUGCUGUGCAGCGCUUCGGAGAAUCUCCUUGUCUCGGCACCCGAGAGAUACUGAGCGAGGACAACGAGAUUCAGCCCAAUGGGAAGAUUUUUAAAAAGCUGAUCCUGGGGGAGUAUAGGUGGCUGUCCUAUGAUGAAAUGGAUUCUGUAGUGAGUGAAUUUGGUAGUGGACUGGCAGCCCUGGGUCAGCAGACCAAAAGCACCAUUGCAAUCUUCUGUGAAACCAGAGCAGAGUGGAUGAUCACUGCCCAGGCAUGCUUUAGGCGCAACUUCCCAUUGGUGACAUUCUACGCCACCCUGGGAGAAGAGGCAAUUGCAUAUGGACUGAAUGAGACUGGAGUUACACAUCUGGUUACCAGUGUGGAACUGCUUGAGACUAAACUAAAAAGCGUGCUGCCACAGAUCUCGAACCUUAAGCAUGUGAUCUACGUGGACCAGAAGAAGCUAAACACAGAAGGCUACCCAGCAGGACUUUCCAUCCACAGCAUGCAGACCGUACGAGAGCUGGGCAUGCUGCCGGAGAAUGCAGAGAGGGCAAUUGUGAAGCCCGAGCCCUCCGAUCUGGCCGUGGUGAUGUACACCAGCGGUUCCACAGGCAGACCCAAAGGAGUCAUGAUCGUCCACCGUAACAUAAUUGCAGGAAUGACUGGCCAGUGUGAGCGCAUCCCUGGUCUCGGGCCUGAUGAUACUUACAUUGCAUAUCUGCCCCUGGCUCAUGUUCUGGAAAUGACAGCUGAAAUCUCUUGCGUCACAUAUGGCUGCCGAAUCGGCUACUCAUCCCCUCAAACACUGUCAGACCAGUCCACUAAGAUAAAGAAAGGAAGUAAAGGAGACUGCACUGUUCUCAGACCCACCUUGAUGGCAGCCGUGCCAGAAAUCAUGGAUCGCAUCAACAAGAAUGUAAUGAGCAAAGUGCAGGAAAUGAGUUACGUUCAGAGGACGCUGUUUACGCUUGGCUACAAAUAUAAACUGGAACAGGUCAAGAGGGGCUAUGACGCACCGCUCUGCAAUGCCUUGUUGUUCCGGAAAGUCAAGAAGCUGCUGGGUGGGCGGGUCAGGAUGAUGCUGUCCGGAGGAGCUCCGCUAUCCUCAGCCACUCAGAGGUUUAUGAAUGUGUGUUUCUGCUGCCCUGUGGGCCAGGGCUACGGUCUGACUGAAACCUGUGGAGCUGGCACCAUCACAGAAGUCGCAGAUAUCAGCACGGGCCGUGUUGGAUCGCCUUUGAUUUGCUGUGAAGUCAGACUCAGGGACUGGGCUGAAGGUGGAUACACCCACAAAGACCAGCCAAAUCCAAGAGGGGAGAUUCUGAUUGGUGGCCCCAAUGUAACCAUGGGUUACUACAGGCAUGAAAGCAAUGAUCGGGAUUUUUUUGUGGAUGAAAAAGGUCAGAGAUGGUUCUGCACUGGAGACAUAGGAGAAGUUUAUCCAGAUGGCUGUCUACAAAUAGUGGAUCGCAAGAAAGACUUGGUCAAACUGCAGGCUGGAGAGUACGUGUCCCUCGGUAAAGUGGAAUCUGCUCUGAAAAACUGCUCUCUAGUAGACAACAUCUGUGCAUACGCUAAUAGUGAUCAGAACUACGUGAUCAGCUUUGUGGUUCCCAACCAGAAGAGGCUGACAGAACUGGCCAAGCAGAGGGGCAUAAUGGGAACAUGGGAGGAGAUCUGCACUCACCCUGAAAUGGAAAAAGCGGUUCUGGGGGAAAUCAAGGAUGUUGCUUGUAAAAUAAAGCUCCAGGGAUUUGAGAUUCCAGUGAAGGUGCAUCUGAGUCCAGAGCCAUGGACCCCUGAGACUGGUCUCGUCACAGAUGCGUUCAAGCUGAAGAGGAAAGAGCUGAAGAACCACUAUCUACACCACAUAGAGAGGAUGUACGGGGGGAAAUAGACCGUGUUGGCCAGGAGUGUAACCACUGUUUGGAUUUGUAAAUAAUUAGCCAGCUUCAUCAGAUAAGUGUACAAAUGGGGAAGUAGUCUGGAUCCUCAGUUCACUUUACAUUUUUCAAGAGGUAAACAUAGGACCAGUCAGAGCAACACACUACUGCGUGAUAUAAAAUUGCACCUUCCAUUUCUUAGUGACAAUUCACAGAUUCAAAAGACUGUUCCACGUCUGCAGUAGCCAUCUUGGUUGUUUUUCAAAGUGCCUCAGUGGCACUCCUUUGUACAGUUACGUAUCAAACCUGCCCUACAUUAGAUUAACGGUUGUGACUGGCUCUGGCGAGGCCAGGUGGGACUUCAUUAGAAUAGGAGGCCAGACACAUUCUUCCCAGACCAAAUGAAACAUGAGCUCUGAAUGGUCUGGAUUCAAAGCUUGUAAAUGAUCACUCAGUUUCCAGUUAUAGGCUAUUUGUGUAUCAUAGGAUUUGAAAUGCAAAUGUCUUGUAGACAAAAGCCGAAGCUGUAAAUAAUUGUAGCCGUUGUUCCAUUUGUGCUGCUUUUUUUUGUGUGUUGAAGCUUUGAUUGUCUAGGAGAUACACAGAAAUAGCAAGUCUUAUUUCAUAGGAGGGGUCCGAGACCUUUACAGCACUCAACUGCCAUCCACUCAAAUCAAACACUUUGUUUGUAGCUGACAAAAAACAAAACAAAUACCACUGUUCUCCAAAUGUUGCUGGUUCUUUGUAACUUUUAUUAAAAGUAUUAGCAAAGGUCAUCAUCAAAUUGGUAUGUUAAUGUUCUUUAGUGAAGCUGAACUGAAGUUACUGUGCCUUCAGUCUGCAGUACUUGUGGAGUCGAGUUGUAAUAAGAUCCAAUUAGGCACAAACAAAAUGAGCUGAGUUUGUUACACAAGUGGCUAAACUGCCGUGUUUACAUGAGAUUGAAGGAGAAAUCUGCCCAACAAGAGAUGCACAGACAAGGAUCAUUAACAGAAAAUACUAAUGAUCAUGUCUGUUUGUCUUCUUUUUUUCUGCCAAUGAUGUUUAUUUAUGCUUUUGUUGGUGUACAGGUUUAUUCAGAGAGGAAGACCAAAUUAUUAUAACAAAAUGACUCAGGAAGUAAAUGUGUUAGAAUAAGGAAUUGUUUAAAAAAAGAUGGUUGAUUGUAUAAAAACACGAGGUCUAAAUUAUUGUGGGCACCUUAUUUUAUUGAUUGAGCAGCUUAACUACUAAAAUGCUUUCAAAGUCACACCUGGCAUACUGUAAGACUGUUUUACCUCAGUUAACAGCUUAAUGUACAAGUUGGUAUCUGAACUUCAGUGUGUUCGUUUUAAUAUCACAGGAGUGUUUUCUAUGUAUUUUCCAAGUACUGCUGAUUUUUUUUUUGCUUGUUAAAAUUUAGACAGUGGUAGUUGUUUGGUGAACCUAUCUGGAUUUAUCACUCAUCGUUAUUACCACAUGACUUGUUGAGCAUUUCAAAAAUAAAGAACUUUUCAUAUUUAA